AUGGACGUAGUGAAGCUUGAUUACAACUACAAAGGUGAAAAUGCAUUAAAAGAGCUGGAGAGGAUCACCUCGAAAGCUGCUGAAGUUCAAGAUAACAUUUUACGUGGGAUCUUAGAAAGAAACAAGGACACAGAGUACCUGAGGAAGUACAUGAAAGGGUCCAAAGACGUUAUGGAGUUUAAACGCUCUGUACCAAUCAUCAAGUACACAGAUGUGUGUCCUUACAUUCAGAGAAUUGCAAAUGGAGAAGACUCUUCUCUAAUUACUGGUCAUCCUAUCACUGAACUAUUAUGCAGCUCAGGGACUUCUGGUGGAGAGCCAAAGCUAAUGCCAACCAUUCCAGAAGAUCUUGAUCGCCGCACUUUUCUCUACAAUCUUAUAGCUCCAAUCAUGAACAAGUAUAUCCCUGGACUUGACAAAGGAAAAGCAAUGUACCUUAACUUCGUCAAAGCUGAAACAUCAACUCCUUGUGGUUUACCAAUCCGAGCAGUGCUCACCAGUUACUACAAGAGCAAACAGUUCCAGUGCCGGCCUUACGAUCCUUUCAACGACUUAACCAGUCCGAUCCAAGCCAUCCUCUGUGAAGACAGCAACCAAAGCAUGUACUGUCAGUUACUAGCCGCUCUAAUUCACCGCCACCAAGUCAUGCGUUUAGGAGCCGUCUUCGCUUCAGCGUUUCUCCGUGCAAUCUCUUACCUGGAGCUGAAAUGGAGGCAGCUCUGUCAGGACAUCCGCACCGGCCAUCUCAGUCCCAUGAUCACCGAUCCUGGAUGCCAGAUCGCAAUGUCUUGUCUUCUGGCGUCGCCGGAUCCAGACUUAGCUGACGAGAUCGAAGAAAUCUGUGGACGCUCGUCGUGGAAAGGGAUCUUGUGCCAUCUAUGGCCCAAAGCAAAGUUCAUCGAAGCAGUAGUGACGGGAUCAAUGGCUCAGUACAUACCAGCACUCGAGUUCUUUAGCCAAGCCAAGAUUCCAUUGGUUUGUCCCAUGUAUGCUUCCUCUGAGACUUACUUUGGCGUCAACGUCAAACCGCUCUCCAAGCCGUCCGACGUCGUUUUCACACUCUUGCCUAACAUGUGCUACUUCGAGUUUAUCCCUCUCGCCAAAAACAGGACCCUCUCUUUUGACCUUGACGACGAUCAUGUCCCUUCUGAUAAUGUCGUUGACUUGGUCAACGUCAAACUCGGUCGCUACUACGAAUUAGUCGUCACAACUUUCGCAGGGUUGUGCCGUUACAGAAUCGGCGAUGUACUUCAAGUGGCGGGUUUCUACAACAAGGCUCCACAGUUCCGGUUUAUAUGCAGGAGGAACGUGGUUCUAAGCAUAGAUUUAGACAAAACGAACGAGGAAGAUCUUCACAGGAGCAUCACACUAGCCAAGAAGAAGCUUCAAAGCAACGCAUUCCUCGCAGAAUACACGAGCUACGCGGACACGUCAUCAGUGCCAGGUCACUACGUGAUCUUCUGGGAGAUCCAAGGGCUCGAACGAGCUGAUGAGGAGCCGAAGCUGAUGGAAGAAUGUUGCAUUGCGAUCGAGGAAGAGCUUGAUUACAUAUACAGGCAAUGCAGGACGAAAGAGAGAUCGAUCGGGCCGUUAGAGAUAAGAGUGGUGAAAGCAGGAACGUUCGAGAAACUUAUGGAUCUGAUUAUAAGCCAAGGAGGGUCGUUUAAUCAGUACAAAACCCCGAGAUGUGUCAAGUCCAACAGUGUUACGCUCAAGCUCUUGAACGGACACGUCACCGGUUCCUUCUUCAGCCCUCGUGACCCGACUUGGGCCCCGUGA